AUGAACUUGAAGAGGUCAAACCGCGCAAUCAGACUGGAAAAAGAAAGGAUUUUGGAAAAAAGAAAGGCAUUUGAUUAUAGUGAUAAAACAUUAUUUAACAAUACAUAUGAGUAUUAUGUAGUAGAUUAUAAAAUUAUUAUUCGUUCUAAGGUUCAUUUUUUUCAAGUCUGA